GAUUGGCGUCGGUCCGUUCAAGAACACAACAUGGUGAGCUGCUGGUCCGCUGGAUGUAAACAAACACGUGUGGCGCAGACGUGGUGGUACUGCGUAUAACUCUGCCUUCUCCAUUCACUCCACACGGGCCAGGUUCACUUAUAGGCACACACAAGUUAAUGACAAAUAUGUCGGAUGACGAAGGUGAAGCUGAGGCGCCCACCGGCCCUGUUGAGAAUGCCUGGGCCAUCAAGGUGCCUGAAUUUAAGAAGGGAGACAUGAAGAACCACCUACUGGAGGAGAGUUCAUUUUCUGUUCUCUUUCCCAAGUACCGAGAAAAGUACCUGAAGGAGUGCUGGUCACUGCUGGAGAAAACUCUUGAUGAGUACGGCAUCAAGGCGGAGCUGGAUCUGAUUGAGGGCAGAAUGACCGUCAAGACCACAAGGAAGACGUGGGACCCGUACAUCAUCAUCAAGGCGAGGGACAUCAUCGUGCUGCUCGGAAGAUCGGUUCCUGUUGAGCAUGCUGUGAAGAUUCUCAAAGAUGAUGUCACAUAUGAACUGAUAAAGAUAAGAAACAUGGUGCGCAACAAGGAUCGGUUUGUGAAGCGGCGGCAGCGGCUGGUGGGAGCCAACGGCACCACCCUCAAGGCGCUGGAGCUGCUCACAAACUGCUACGUGCUGGUGCAAGGGGCCACCGUGGCUGCUAUUGGUCCUCAUAAAGGAGUGCUGCAGGUGGUGCGUGUUGUGAAGGAAACCAUGAACAAUAUCCAUCCUGUGUACCUACUCAAGUCACUCAUGAUCAAGAGGCAGCUGAUGCAAGACCCAAACCUCAAGAAUGAGGACUGGUCCAGGUUCAUCCCAAACUUUGUGGCAAAGAAUGUGCAGAGGAAAAAGCCACACAAGGUGAGAAAGACAAAGAAGGAAUACACGCCCUUCCCGCCGGCACCCACCGAGAGGAAGGUGGACAAAGAGAUGGCCGAGGGAAAGUACUUUAUAGAUCAGGAAGAAAAGAAGAAAGCCAAAAAGAGAAAAAUAACGGAAGAAAUGAAGGAGAAAGCUGCAAGCCGACAGAAGGAGAAGAGAGCCAAGGCAUUUGUGGCACCAGAGGAACCCAAGUACCAGCCGCCCACAGCUGCUGUCAACACACAAGUGGAUGUGGAGGCACUCAAGAGGAAGGUCAAGAAGAAGAAGAAGGCGUAGUGUUAAGUUUUGUGAUGCUGGUCACAUUGAGGAGCUCCUCUCACACCACGAAGAUUUUGUUACUUUUACAGUUUUAUAAUGUAUUUUAAUAUCUGAAAAAAGGACAGUGUUUGUAGUUAAUGAUACUUUUGGCUAAGCAUUCAUGAAUAAACCUGUUAGUCAUAACAAGAAUGAGGUCAACCUUCCAAUUUGUUUUUAACUCUUUUCUUCUUUAAUUGAAUGGGAGAUAGGCUUUGACCUCCAGAGACAAUCAUGUAAUUAUGUCAACUUCCUUAGGUUUUAAAUGUGUAUUCUUAUAUUCUGUCAUUGUAUAAGUUAUAAUGUUUUCACUGUGUCAGAUGUUGCUACAUAUAUGAGCAAGGGGUCAACCAACAAUCCUUCCUCCAGACUCAUCCAACAAUUUUUUGUCUUAUAUCUCAUGCAGGUGUGGAAAAUUUUCAUGGUACAACCUCAUUACGGUGCAAUGGACUGCUGUAGAAGAGUUAGUGCAUUUUUGGUAUCAUCAUGGAAGAAGAGGAAUUCUACUUUUUUAUGAAAUGCAUACAAAAUUAAAGAUCUGUUAGUUAAUAACAAACUGAAUAGAGAGUUGACUAAGAUGAACUCCACCUUAAGUUUUACCAUAAGUGAAAGUAACCAUAGAGGACAGUGUUCAGCUGUGGCUGUAUCCUGCAUGGUCCUUUGUAUCACACAUUGCCUCCCAUGUGGCAUCAUUCAUGCAUCUUCUCUGUGUGGGAGGAGCUUCUGUGCUUUAUACAUAAUAAAGUAUUUUGUUGUUUAA